AUGAUGCACUUCCGGCGUGUCAUUUGUUUACCGUGUCAUCACCUUUCCUAUGGGGCCCUCUGGUCUCUCGUGCGUCGCAUCAGCAGCGUCUCGACCUCCAUGACAAGCCUGUCGCCGGUUAAUAUUGAAAGUUUCACACUGGAUGAAACAAUUGUAAAGAAGGAUAUGGAGGCGCUGGAGCGCUGGAAUGAACUCUCACAGGUGAUAGACAGCUCACGGGCGGAGAAGGCAAAUGAAAAGGUACUGAUGGCUGUUGAAAAGGGAUUGGGAAUGCUAGCAGAAAUGGGGGCGCUGAAUGCACCGAUACAAUGCGAGACACUUUUGUUGUUGGAGGCAACUCAGGCGCACUAUAACCUGAAGCAGUUUGAGGCCGCCUUGAAGAGUGCAGAAAGGGCGAAAAAUAUACUUCUAGAAACCCCUGUGGCCGUGAGGGACGCUGCGCUAUUGGCAGAAGUGAAGCAACUGAUGGCGUAUGUCCUUCUUGAAAAGGGGAACAUUGACGAAGCCACUACCAUCUUCACCGAAGUAUUGCGAUGGAUUGAUGUGGAUGCAAAGUCGGUGAUGCCGAUGCAAGCUGUGGCUGCUGUGAAUAUGCGCCGGUCAGUGGUCACAGGGAUAGGCUUUUGUUAUCAAAAACGGGCCGAAAAGGAGGCUGCAAGCGGCGGCGAUGACAAAGAAUUGUACGGUAAAGCGCUUGAUCUUCUUAUUGAGGCACUCAGUGUUCACAUUGAUGAGAAUGACUACGAGUCCGUAAAGAAAACACUCUCUGCCGUCUUAAAAUGUUUUGAGGGCGUGAAUGACAUUUCGCAGGCGAUAUCGACGGGCGAGAAGUAUGUUAGUUGGUGCCGUCGGCAUUCUGACGAGGCAGGAGUUGCUGAAGGCACUGCCUGGUUGAAAGAGCUGCAGAAGAAGUACGGCAAGGAAGGCGACACAACCCGGUGA